GAUCUCUAAAAAAAGGAGCGGAAUGAGGAAAUUGACGAGAGCGAAGUGCAAAACAAACUUGUUGGAUGCCGUGAAAAGCUCUCCGUCCGAUGCUCGCCUCCUCACUUGCUCGAGUCCCUCGCAGAGGAUCUCCUUCACCACCGCAGCCUCUCAUCAUCAGCAUCCCCACCACCACCUCCUCAUCACUCUCUUCCUCCUCCUCUUCGCUAGCCAUGUCUCUGCUGCUGCUCACGGUGCUGUCCUCGUUGCUCGCCCACAGCGCCCACGCGGCCCAGGCGUGGGGCACCGGCGUCAAGUACGCCGUCAACUGCCCGGACAGGUGCGACGCGGGACGCUGCGGCCCCACGCUCGGCUGCGCGCGCACCGUGCUGGACGACUGCGGUUGCUGCCGGGUGUGCGCUGCCGGCCGAGGGGAGCACUGUUACCGCACCGUGUCCGGCAUGCACGGCGUCAAGUGCGGGCCGGGCCUCUUCUGCGAGUUCUACAAGGACGAGGACGACUACGGGGAUGAAUACGGCGUGUGCAAAGACUGCCACUUUGGCACCUAUGGCAUGGAGUGCCGUAAAACCUGCAGCUGCAAAGGUGGCCUGUGUGACAGGGAGACCGGCGCUUGUCUCACCCUCCGGUUCUUCGCCAAAUUGGCCGGCAAGCUCAAGACGGAGCCUCGAGGUGAAGAGGAGGGUUCGGGAGAGGUUCAAGACUCCGAUCAACCGGCGGUCAAUCGAGCCGGCGCUUCCAAGCGGCUCAGCCCUCGCUGACCACCAGUGCAUUCCAUCAUCCAUACAUUCAUUCAGUCGCUCACUGAGUCAGUGGAAAUGUAGCAUUAACUUAUAAAGGAACGCACAGGCCUUAUUUUAUUGUCAUCUUCUUGACUGUAUGUGGAUAUUAUUUAUAUGGUUGAUUAUAUCACCUUUUUACUCUUGACGCUCCAAAUGUAUAGUGUGCCUUCAAGUGAGAGAAUAGAAGAAAUCAUUUUUCAUGGUGUCACUGUACCACAUAUAUCAAUCAUCCAUGUUGUAUUUGUACUGUGUAAAAGAUGUAUACAUGUUAAGAAUGGUCUUACAAUUAAAUACAA